AUGGUCGGCCAGGUUGAGGUCGACCUUGCUAGAUUUGGUGAGGUCGAGCCUCACCUAUGGCUGAUGAGGGUGAGCCUCGCUAGCCCAUCAUAUCCAAAUCCGACUGCAUCCACUUACGAAAACAGGUUCUUUCGUCCUUUUGAGUCGGCCCUUCAGCCCCCAACUCGCCACAAACCAGAGCAGAUUGCUGUGAACAAAGCUGAGAUUCUGCUAAAGGAAUAUGACAGGCCCCAAGCUUUCAUAAUUCCUGGAAAUCAUGAUUGGUUUGAUGGACUUCAUACUUUCAUGAGGUACAUAUGCCAUAAGCAUUGGUUAGGUGGGUGGUUAAUGCCUCAAAAAAAGAGUUAUUUUGCUUUGCAACUCCCAAAAAAUUGGUGGAUAUUUGGCCUUGAUCUGGCACUCCAUCACGAUAUUGAUGUGUACCAAUUUAAAUUCUUCUCGGAGCUGGUAAAAAAUAAGGUUGGGGCCAAGGACUCUGUGAUCAUACUUACGCAUGAACCUAACUGGCUUCUUGAUUGGUAUGACAAUAAUGUUUCUGGAAAGAACUUCUCUCAUUUGAUACGUGAUGAUUUGAACAAGAGAUGUAAACUUCGAAUUGCUGGGGACUUGCAUCAUUAUAUGCGUCAUAGCGUAAGUGCGGGUGCGCCAGCGGGUGAGCCAGCUGAUGUGGAAAAUCUGCUGGUAAAUGGUUGUGGUGGGGCAUUUUUACAUCCAACCCAUGUAUUUGGCAACUUCAAGGAGUAUAGUGGGUCUACUUACGAUACCAAGGCCUCUUAUCCGUCUUUUAAAAAUUCUAAACAGUUGGCUUAUUCUUGGCUUUCUUCGCAGUGUAAGCUCGAUCACAUGUUACGAGAUGACUCCGUUUCUGGUCAUCUGUGGAGCUUUUUUGUCACUGUAUGGGCUGCUUUCAAGUACUUGCUGGAACAGUCUCAUGUAUCGCUAGCAGCAGCUUUGCUAUUUCUUAUUGCAUUAGUCGCAUUUGUACCGUCAAAAGUGUCGUGGAAGACACGAGCGAUGAUUGGUGUACUUCAUGUUUCUGCACACUUGACUGCUGCGCUAAUGCUUAUGGUACUGAUGGAACUGGGUGUAGAGACCUGCAUCAAGCAUAAACUUUUGGCGACUUCAGAUAUUGGUGAAGUGAGCAUCUCCAGUGGAAAACUGAUGUCCGGCUGA